AGUGAAUAAUUAUUUACAAUUGUAACAAAUAUUGUAAUAAAUAAAAACAAAAAUGCAAACAAUAGCACAAGAAAUGCCAAAUUCAGUUGGCUACAUUAAAUGUGGCGAAAUUCUGAAAUCUCAAAAGAGUUUCCCGGAUCCAUACAUCCUGCGAUGUAUACAAUGUAAAGAAAUUUACCUGCUGCUGGAGUCAUUCAUAUUUCACUUGGAUGACACUUGUAAGAAAACAGUUGAAGCCAAAAAGAACUUCAAAGAACAAAUCAAUGAAUGCGAAGUGGUAAAUGAGCCAAUGGGAUGUGAAGAAGAGCCACCAGUUAAAUUGGAAAAUACAAAUGCCCAAAUGGAGGAUCCAUUAAUUGUUAUCAAAAAUGAAGCCGAUACUGAAAAAUCCAUUAUUAAAAUAGAGCCUAGUCACUUCGAUGAAAGUAAAAGCCUUGCAUUUGAAAGUUCAUCAUACUUUGAUGACACAAGAUAUCUAGAUCAAGAUGAAGAAGAGUAUGUCGAGGAAGGUGAAACCUCUAUAAGCAGUCAAGAAGAAUGUGAAUCUCAAAAUACUGAGCCGGAAGAGGUUGAAGUCAUACAAAAACCUUCUAAUACAAAUGGUGUAUCAUCGUCUUUUGUCAGCAAUUUUAUGAAAUCAGAAGAAAACGUUACCGUUUUAAUUGCAGCCUUUAAGGAUCAACCCCAAUUAUGGAACAAAACUAUGCCAUACUAUGGAAAUAAAUUAAAAAGACGAGAAUAUAUGGUGGAAAUUGCUCAAGAUCUUCAUUCAAAUCAUAACAUAAAUAUUAAUGGAAGUCAAGUGUCUGCGGUUAUUGUGCAUUUGUAUCGAAAAUAUCAAGAUGAUUUACACAGAGCGCAAGAGAAAGAUGAGAGCAAAAGGCAAAUGUAUGUAAAGCCUUGGUAUCUUACACAGUUAAACUUUAUUAAACCUUAUUUAGAAAAUUUUUCACUGGAGAUUAUAGGUGUAAAUCAGGCCAAUUUGAUGCCAGAUCAAAUUGUUCAGAUUUUGAAUAUAUACAGAUGUUUACCACAUCUUUGGAAUUCCAAUCUAAUUGAGAACCAUUGUAAAAAUAAACGACAUGAAAGUAUACUGGAAAUGCUGAAACAGGUGGAAACAAAUAUGAAUAUAAAAAUUAAUGAAAAUGAAUUGGAAUUAUAUUUACGUACAAUUCAUAAUAACUUUUCAAGAGAGAAACGACGAAUAUUGAAUAAUAAAAAAUCAAGCAAAUCCGAUAAUGUCGAUCAGCCUAAUAAUGAUUAUUACGAAUGUUUGAUGUUUCUGUAUGAUCAUGUUCCUCCCUUGAAGUGUUCUGUGUGUGGUGGUGAAUCUAUAAGUCCAUUACAUUUUAAAAUACAUACAUCUACGCAUGAUGGUUCAAUGCCUUUUUCAUGUUCCCAAUGCAAUAAAACAUUCAAACGAGUUAAUGUUUACACAAGUCAUGCGAAACGUCACUUCGAGGAUCUAAAUUACAUAUGUAAAGAAUGUGGCAAGAAGUUCGUUAAUUAUACCAAUUUAAGAUUGCACAUGCGUAUUCAUACCGGUGAUAAACCCUAUUGCUGCGAAAUGUGUGGGGAUUCAUUUCGAUUCCUACAAACUUUAAGUAACCAUCGUAGACGACACGAAAAACGUUAUUUACAUACAUGCAAAAUUUGCUCUCAAGGAUUUUAUUCGAAAAUGCGCCACGAUGAUCACAUGAAUUCUCAUAUGAAUAUACGCCCGCAUAUAUGCGAUAUAUGCAAUAAAGCAUUCAUCACAAAGAGAGCCCUCAAGCAGCAUAAGGUUGUUCAUGAAGAUGUACGAAAUUAUGCUUGUAAAUUGUGUGGUAAAACGUUUAAACAUAAAACUGGCGUAAAUCAGCACAUGAAAACACAUGAUAUUGCUACCACUGAUGAAAGAAGUACUAUUUAAGUGAUAAAUACUAAAAAUUAACUAUUAAAAUAUCUUUUUAUUUAUAUUCAUUUGUAUAUUCUGUUAAUUGUAUAGAAAAUAAUUUAAUGUUUAUAUUAAUAUCAUGACUACAGGAUUUCGGUCAAUAAAACAGCUAUUUAAUUUAAUAA